CGCUCGAAGUUUCCCUUCUCUCUUUGCCUCCCUUUUCUUGGAGCCCGAAGACGCUCGAAGUUCUUCCCUAUCCGAUACGAUAUUCGUAUCAAUUGGUGCUCUCAUUGAGAGACUAUGACGGACGCUUCAUCAACCACGGCCGAUCUCGAGGCAAAGGUCGGCGAGAUGGGGCAUGCAGUGCAUCAGAUGCAAAGGGAUUUUGAUUUCCGCCUAACGAGGAUUGAUGCAGCUUUGGCGGCCAUGCAAACUAAUAUGGCCGCCCUGCAAGUUGGUGGUGGGGGUCGAGUAGGCCGCCAUGGUGAUAAUCAUGAAGGACCUAGGAAUGGAGGUGCUCCGACGCCCAAGCCAAAAUUGGAACCGCCAAAGAGUGACGGAUCUGAACCGUUGCGUUGGCUCUAUCAGGUUAAGGAAUAUUUUUCAUAUUAUGAGACUCCACCGGAGGAACGCUUGAGAUGUGUUACAAUGAUGCUGGAAGGACCCGCGGCCGAUUGGUUUCGUUGGCGGCGGAACAACGGUUUGAUCGACGGAUGGGAAGACUUUGUGGAGAAAUUCAAGCUGCGUUUUGAUCCUCUGCACUACGUCGAUUACCUAGGGCAAUUAGCACGGGUACGACAGGUGGGGGGAGUCAUGGACUACCAAGCAGCUUUUGAAAGGGUUCUCACCCAUGUGACGGACGUUCCCGAACAACAUCUACAGUCCCUGUUCCAUGCCGGGCUGAAGAACCAUUUGCAACAUGAAAUUAGUCUCCUCAAACCCACUACUCUCUCAGAUUCGUUUGCCCUAGCACGUGAAUUGGAGGCAAAGCAUAAUGCCAUAGUGCAAUCAGUGGGGAGCCGGAGUGGUCCCCCAGCGGUCAGCACCAACUCACGGGAAUCCACUGCUUCAACGCCCAUUCGGCUACUGUCCCGCGCAGAAAAAAUGGAAAAAGACGCCAAGGGCCUAUGCUAUAACUGCGAUAAAAAGUGGAGUCGCGAUCACAAGUGUGGACGGUUCGUAUUAAUGAUGGGGGAGGAAGAGGGGGAUGACGAGGAGCCUGACAUGGAAGAAGAAGUAGACGUCACGGCCGACAUCUCCAGUUUACACAGUAUGGCAGGAGUCACCACACCACGGUCGCUACGCCCAACUGGACGGAUUUCCGGGCAAUCCAUCGGGGUUUUGAUUGACGGCGGAAGCAUACAUAACUUCGUUCAUCCGCAAAUCGUUGAGAGGUUGGGAAUACCGGUGGAGGUGAUCUCAUCAUUUCGGGUGUACGUCGGGAACGGAGACUCCCUACAAUGUGAUCGGCAGUGCAAAUCAGUUGAGGUAAUGCUGCAAGGAGUAAUGUUCACAGUAGACCUCUAUGUGCUACAGAUCCACGGCCACGAUGUGGUUUUAGGGGUACAGUGGCUCCGCCAAUUGGGACAAGUAGCCCAUGAUUACGAGAAGUACCUACUCGGCCGGGAGUUCCUCAUUCGCACCGACCACAAAAGCCUAAGGGAAUUGCUCCAACAGGUCAUCCAAACCCCGGACCAACACUUUUAUAUUCGGAAGCUUCUGGGGUUCAGAUUCCGAAUUGAGUACAAGACCGGCGCAUCCAACCGGGUGGCAGAUGCCCUAUCGCGCAUCCAUGACACCUCUGAGGAAGUGCAUACAUUGUUGACUAUCUCAGUGCCGGUAUCCUCGCUCAUGGCUGAAUUACAGCAGGAGAACCAGGUGCAAGAAGACCUGGUAAAACGCCACCGGGAACAUCAGCAAGGCGAGCUGGCCGAACCAUACUCAGUCGUGGAUGGGUUGCUGUAUCACAGGAGGCGCUUAUGUGUGAGCUCUACUUCUCCAUUGCGGGUACAGUUAAUCAAGGAGCAUCACGAUACAGUCAUGGCCGGGCAUCCUGGAGUUCAACAGACUUUCCUCCGGCUCGCACAAAAUUUCUUUUGGCCGAAAAUGAGGGCUGAAGUUCGAGAGUAUGUGGGCAGGCCCCAGCCUCUGCCGGACGAAUUUCUCCAGGGCCAACCCGUGUCCAAGCCUGUGCGGGUGCAUGCAAGCCGCCAGAUUUUGCGUCAGGGAAAGCUGGUUCAGCAGUAUUUGGUUGAAUGGUCCGACGGUACGCGAGAAGAUGCAACAUGGGAGCCAAGCGAGGUGGUUCGACACUUUUACCCCGACGUACACCUUGAGGACAAGGUGUUUUCUCAAGAUGGAGGGAGUGAUACGGUGCAACACGAGGACGGGGAGGGCAGCGACGGACGAGCUGAGGAUGACCACGAGGCGGAAGUGACAGGGACAAUGGGUGAGGAGCCGGGGACGAGCGGAGCGAGAUGCCGGCGUGAUCGAAAGGUUCCGGCGUGGCAUAAGGAUUAUCUACUCCAUUAAUUAUCUUUAUAUUAUUAUUAUCUUUUUAAUUAUUGUAAUAGGUUUUUUUAGGUGAGCGAAAAUAUAAGCUCCUUCGAGGG